CCCAUCGGAGAAUGGCUUGGGGCCAGGUUGCUAGAAGGCCCAUAGCAACUCUUCUGUCGCGUGCCCAACAGCAAGCUGCCCAACUCUCCCCUUCCGCGACAUCCCAAACUCAUCUGUUGGGCAACCAUUUUCCGCAAAAUGGCAUGCUUCACAGGAGAUUUAGCUCCGAAGUGCCCGAUCAGAUGGGUCUUAUCAAGCAGCUCCGAGAAAGAACUAGCGCUCCGAUCAAAGAUGUCAAGGCUUCGCUGGUCAGCUGCAACUGGGAUAUCGAGGAGGCGCAGAAGGAUCUCAGGAAGAGAGGGGUGGUUCUUGCUGCCAAGAAGUCGUCACGGACUGCUGCCGAAGGUUUGCUAGCUAUGGCACAGGAUGAGAAGCGGGCUGCUGUGGUUGAGCUAAACUGCGAGACUGACUUUGUGGCAAGGAACGAAGUUUUCCAGUAUCUGGCAUCAUCCGUGGCAAAAAUGGUUUUGUCAGUUCAGGAUCCUGACAAAUUGGUUUUUCCUUUUGCUCCUGCAUAUUUGGAGAACAUGAGCAUUAACCUAGAUCAUCCUAAACUCAGUGGUGAAACAACUGUUCGCGAUGCUGUCACAGAAGUUGCUGCCAUGGUGGGGGAGAACGUAAAACUCAGAAGAGGCUUCAUGUUUUCCACGGCCGGACAUGGUGUUGUUUCAUCUUAUCUGCAUAACUGUCCUCAGCCAGGUUUGGGUCGAAUGGCUGGAUUGGUUACAUUAGAAGCAGAAGAUAGUAGUGCCCCGCUUGAUGCUCUCAAGAGAGUUGGGUCGUCUAUCGCAAUGCAUAUUGUUGCGCAAAAGCCAUUAUUCUUAUCAAAAGACCUGGUUUCUGCCGCAGCUCUGGAAAAUGAACGUGACGUGCUCCGAACUCAGGCUGAAAAAUCAGGUAAACCCCCAAUGGCUAUGGAGAAAAUGGUGGAAGGUCGAUUGAGGAAGUAUUUUGAAGAAGUUGUGCUUUUGGAGCAAAAAUAUAUUGUUAAUGAUAGCACAAACAUUAAGACCCUGCUGAAUGAUUUAUCAAAGGAGGUCGGUUCUAAAGUGACAAUUGGCAAUUUUGUCAGAAUGGAAGUUGGAGAAGGAAUUGAGAGACCUGAAGAAGCGGAUGUGCCUCAAGCUACGGCUCGUGCUGCAUAAAUUGCAAGCUGAGAUGAAUCAAAUGUGAUCGCUGAGAUGUAUGUGAUGGUUGCUUUCUCCCGAGAAAUUCUAUAGGUUCUCAUUUUUGCUGUGACGGGGAUAUUCUCUAGAAUUCCAGAACUACUCAUCAAUUAGUCAAUAGUUUAGAAGUUUACAAGCGAGUUAGAAGAGUUAUGUUCGCAAAUUGAAUCGAAUGUAAUAAAUGAAAACAAAGUCACACGUGCUGAUAUCUCCAAGUCUGCCAAGUACAAUCGUAACUUGUUUUGCUUUGA